GCCCUCGUCCUUUGCCUAUAAAUUUGACAUGAUCUACGUUCAUUCAAACAAAAACCAAGCCACAAAGAAAUUAAAUACACACAAUGACCAAAGAAGUUUGCUCCAACAUUGGACUUUGGUUAUUGCUCACGUUACUUAUUGGUAACUAUGUCGUCAAUCUUGAAGCCUCGCACCAUGUCUACAAGAGACUUACCCAAAGCACUAACACCAAAUCUCCUUCCGUAAACCAGCCCUACCGGACCGGUUUCCAUUUCCAACCCCCCAAAAAUUGGAUGAACGGUAUGACCAAAAUGCCAUAUCAACCUCAAUCUCAAUGUUUGUUAUUUUCAUUACUCUCUUACCUUUGCUUUUAUUUCGUUGUGGUUCGUGCUUGGACAAAAUGGAUUGAUCAUUGGUCAUGAGCAGAUCCUAAUGGUUAGUUUUUCUCUCUUUUAUCUCCUAUCUUUUUAAUUUUUUUCUCUUAGUCAACUCUUCAAAUCCAAUAGACAGAUCAUUUUCCCUGAAAACUCGUGUUUUUUAUUAUUUUAUAAAACAUUGAUUACACCAAUAUAUGUCAGCAUACAACUGUACAUUUGAUUAUUGUAUUGUAUUGGUCGACCUUGUGUUACGCUGCAGGAUCCUUUUACACUAUCCAUAUACUUAACUAAUAAAAAUACACAUAUUUAAAAUUUUAAUACAGGGCCUAUGAUAUACAAAGGAAUAUAUCAUCUUUUCUACCAAUGGAACCCGAAAGGAGCCGUGUGGGGUAACAUCGUGUGGGCUCAUUCCACGUCAACAGACUUAAUCAAUUGGGAUCCACAUCCUCCAGCUAUCUUCCCAUCUGCACCCUUCGAUAUCAACGGAUGCUGGUCCGGUUCAGCUACUAUUCUCCCUAAUGGAAAACCGGUUAUCCUCUAUACCGGAAUCGACCCUAAGAACCAACAGGUCCAAAACAUAGCCGAGCCUAAGAAUCUCUCCGAUCCUUAUCUCCGAGAAUGGAAAAAGUCGCCGUUAAAUCCUCUCAUGGCUCCUGACGCCGUUAACGGAAUCAACGCCAGCUCGUUCCGUGACCCAACCACCGCGUGGCUAGGCCAAGACAAGAAAUGGAGAGUGAUCAUCGGAAGCAAGAUUCACCGUCGUGGACUAGCCAUUACUUACACGAGUAAAGACUUUCUAAAAUGGGAAAAAUCUCCAGAGCCGUUGCAUUACGACGACGGAAGUGGAAUGUGGGAAUGUCCUGAUUUUUUCCCGGUCACGAGGUUUGGUUCUAACGGCGUGGAAACGUCUUCGUUUGGUGAACCUAAUGAGAUUUUGAAGCACGUGUUGAAAAUAAGUUUGGACGACACGAAACAUGAUUAUUACACGAUUGGUACGUACGAUCGGGUUAAAGAUAAAUUCGUACCGGACAAUGGUUUCAAGAUGGACGGUACGGCUCCGAGAUACGAUUACGGAAAGUAUUACGCGUCUAAAACGUUUUUUGACUCGGCUAAGAACCGGAGAAUCUUGUGGGGUUGGACUAACGAGUCAUCGUCGGUUGAGGAUGAUGUUGAGAAAGGCUGGUCCGGUAUUCAGACGAUUCCAAGGAAAAUAUGGCUUGAUAGAUCAGGGAAACAAUUAAUUCAGUGGCCGGUUAGGGAAGUUGAAAGAUUACGUACAAAACAAGUCAAAAACUUACGCAACAAAGUUCUAAAGUCAGGAUCUAGGCUUGAAGUCUAUGGUGUGACAGCUGCACAGGCGGAUGUAGAAGUAUUGUUCAAAGUGAGAGACUUGGAGAAAGCGGAUGUGAUAGAACCAAGUUGGACUGAUCCGCAGUUGAUUUGUAGCAAGAUGAAUGUAUCGGUUAAGUCUGGUUUAGGUCCAUUCGGUUUAAUGGUUUUGGCAUCUAAGAAUUUGGAAGAGUACACAUCUGUUUAUUUUAGAAUCUUCAAAGCCCGUCAAAACAGCAAUAAGUACGUUGUGCUCAUGUGCAGUGACCAAAGCAGAUCUUCGCUGAAGGAAGAUAAUGACAAAACGACAUACGGAGCUUUUGUGGAUAUUAAUCCUCACCAACCACUAUCCCUCAGAGCCUUGAUUGAUCAUUCAGUAGUGGAGAGUUUCGGUGGAAAGGGAAGAGCAUGCAUUACCUCAAGAGUGUAUCCAAAAUUGGCAAUAGGAAAAAGUUCACAUCUCUUUGCUUUUAAUUAUGGAUAUCAAAGUGUUGAUGUCUUAAACUUAAAUGCUUGGAGCAUGAACUCUGCCCAAAUCAGUUGAUCACGUAAAGAUACACACAUGUAAACACAUUACAUCUCCAUUGAUUUAGCAUUUAUAUGAGUUGAUUUUGGAGAGAUCUUAUAUGGUCCACUUUGUUUGGUUGUCAAUAAAAUUGUCCAAUUUGUUUGUUUGAAAUAAUUCUAAAAGGCUAAUAUAUAUGACAUUUUAUUUGACUUCCU